AUGUCGCAAUCGCUGAAUUUUUGGACUAUGCUCUUUUUUCAUUCGCUGCCUCAGCUUCCCAGUGUUUGAUCACAGACGUUAACUGCGGAGUCUGAUAUCCCAGUUACUUCGCCUAUAAUGUAUACAUUUUAGGUUACUAUUGCUCUCUUGACUUUCAAUUGCCUCUCUCUAGUCGGUGACAUUUGGCCUUGAACUCCAUAAUUUUCAGCUGACCUACGGAAGGGCCUUUCUGUUGGAGCUUCAGGGCCGUUCCUAAUGGGUGAUAUCCCAUCUCUGAUCUCGCUAUGCAUGAAGAAAGUUUCCAGGACGGCAGCGGGCAAAGACGGUGAUGGCUGAACUAAAGCAAUGCUAUUAAUAAGUAUAAUUUCCAUUUUUCCUUGACAACAGGAGUGUGCACUUUUCAGGGUUUAAUCACUUGCAGGAUGUUUUCGACCUUCCAUCCGAUCUGUUCGAUGGUUUAUUGAUGCAGCUUUCCCCACUUGCCUUAGAGAAGUUACAGGCCGCUCUGUGAGUUUUGAUUAUACAGACUUCCUGCCUCGCCUGUAACAUGUCAUCUUGGAAUUCAUUGAGAGCUCUCUAGUGCGCUUAAAUUUGAAACCAUGAGGAUGAACUUGCGGACCAAUAAAUUUCCAGUGGCAGGAGAAUCUAAAUAAGUCACCUAGAUAAACACAUAGCCUGGUAAAAAUAAAUUGGUUUGAUAUUCGUGAGUUGCUCUGGAUAUGUUCAGGAUGUGGGGAAAGUUUCUUAACAUUCUUUGAUCCAUGCUUCAGGUUCGUUCCUCUCAAUAUCGAAAAGGAACACGCCAUAAUAGAUGCUCAUGGGUGCCUACAGAUGCGCAUCUCAUGUAAGAAUGCUUGAGGAGAGUGCAACUAAGCAAGUAGUGCCUCAAGAUCCCAGUCAUAGUGAAGGAUGGAGAUCACCUAUAUUAUGUAGUUAAAAAACGGACGCAGUAUGUCAGUCGGCGAUAAUUUAAUAUAGGGGUGUUGUGAACCUGUCUUUCCGAAGUAAUUUUCCCACCACAAUUUGCCCAUAAAUCGUCUGGAAUCAACUGGUGCCACUUUCAAACUAAACAGACAUAAAUGUCAGCCGUGAAUUAUCUUCUGUUUGUGGUAACUUCAUUUGAUUCCUUGCUUCAUGCUCUUGGCAUCAGUGACCUCUUUAACAUUUUUAGUAUUUAUCAGCCUUGCUUUAUUGCCAUAUUUGUGGUACAUUUUUUUUUUUACUUUGUGAUUAUGAUACGUGUUAUUGACAUCAAAAGUGAGGGAUCCAGUUUAUCAGUGGGGUUGCAUAGUUCACAAUCUCGAUAUGUUAUGUUUUUCUCUCCCUAGUUGUUUCAUGGUCCUGCAUGUUCACAGGAGUCAAAUUAGCUAAUUGGCUAUUGCAUAGACAUUAAAUAAUUAUUUUUCUCCAACCCUCAUGCUUUGACAGUUCUGUCAAUGACACAUGUGGAUCAGCAGUAAAUGGCAUGGGUGAUGGGAAGAAACGUGGAAGGUAAUUUAAUAGCCUGCUUAUUCACCGAAGUUGUGUUUCUAUGACCUGUUUCAAUUCAUGACAACAUUUUUUCUUUGUAUUGGAAUUGUUUCAUUUAGGUACGAUGACCUCAAUAGGGCAUGGGAGCUGUUGUUUAAGUUGCGAUGGCCUGAGAAUAACAAGAAGAUACUGCAAAUAAGCCACGUAAGAGUACAAGAUCGUAUGGAAAGUCUUGAAAACAAGCAUAGUACUGACUGGCAACAGCGAUACUGGGAAUCACACUUACAGGAGUAUGAAUGUCUGUCCAUGAGUUCAUUGCUAUAUUUUUUGCCCAUUUGAUACAUAAUUAUCAAGCAUUACUUUGAAUACAGAUGCCUGGAUGAAGCGUCAGAGAAAGCAUUACUUCCAGCUUUUGACGGGUGUAUCAAAGAGAUAAAAGCUUCAAGUUAG